GACCUCUGUCUCCCUCUUGUGGCGGUUGCCUAAGUUACAGGGAAAAAUCGGCCAGCCGGACCUGGAGGCGGAUGCGAGUCCACCUUACCUGCAGAGCAUUUCUGCAAGAUGCUAGAUGUCCAGUUUCGUCGCUUGUGUUUGGUGGUUUUAGCGUUCGGUUUUCACCUCGGAAGGGCGGCGGAGGUCUCAGUAUGGAGCGUAAACGUCAACACGACACAGGACGCUGUGUUUCGGAAGACGCUGUACGCCAACACCACCAUCUUUAUGAGGUUUCUGAACGACGUGGGGUCAUGUGAAAAAUAUCUAGCCUUUAACAUCAGCUGGUACCUGCGCUCGUCCGUUUGCUACAAUGAGGUCUUCAACACCCCAGUGAGCGGUGCUUCUUGGCCUGAAAAACCGGAAAUCAGUGCGGUGGCCAAAGCCUGGGUGGACGGGCCCUACCUGUUCAUAGUGAAGGUGCAGCCUGUGACCCGCGGCUUGGAGAUAGAAGACAUCUUAGCAGAGCAGUUCAACUUUGCUUUCACAAUGAAAGUGGAGAUGAAAGGACCACAUGACUACUCGUCCCCAGCAGACUGGCCUUUGAUGAUCUUCUUCAUGGUGAUGUGCAUCGUGUACGUUCUGUUCGGGGCGCUGUGGCUCUUCUGGUGCGUCUGUUACUGGAGGGAUCUGCUGCGGAUCCAGUACUGGAUCGGCGCUGUCAUCAUCCUCGGGAUGCURGAGAAAGCCGUCUUCUACUCCGAAUACCAGAACAUCCGCUACAAAGGAGACUACGUCCUGGGAGCUGUGAUUUUCGCCGAGUUGCUCUCUGCGCUCAAACGAUCCCUGGCUCGAAUCCUGGUUCUCAUAGUCAGUCUUGGUUAUGGCAUAGUCAGACCACGGCUGGGUACCACGGUGCACCGCCUGGCGGCCGUUGGACUCCUCUACCUCCUCUUCUCCUCUGUGGACGGAGUGCUCAGAGUGACGGGCGUAAGUAACAAACUGACCUUUAGGUUUCUGCAGYGCUCUGGUAAAACAGCAGCAGAUCAGACCAGUCCAUGCCUCUGCCAUUAUGUCCAUCACCGUCUUUUACAGCAGURCAGCUGUCAUGGAGCGGAUGGUAAUAAGGUGAAAGCUGCACAGGCURAAACUGUGAAUAAUGGAGGAAAUGAAAAGCUCAUGUUUCAAAUUGUUUCCACAGUUUCCAUCAUAUUCAUCAUCUGGACCACCAAGGUGUUCAGGCUGGUCGACUGUCAGAGGGGCUGGCGGGACUUGUGGGUAGACGAUGCGUUCUGGCGCCUCCUGUUCUCUACUAUGCUGCUGGUCAUCAUGGUGCUGCUGCGACCCUCUGUUAACAGCCAGAGGUUCUCUCAUUCCCCUCUUAUUGACGAAGACGAUGAAGAAGAUGAAGCCAAGGAGCCGAUGAUGAACGAAGCUUUUGAAGGAAUGAAGAUGCGGGGCAUGAAACCUGACUGUAACGGCUCCCAGAAACUUCUGAAUAAAGAGGAUGAAGACCUGAAAUGGGUAGAAGAGAACAUUCCUACCUCCGUUGCUGAUGUAGCUCUCCCUGUUAUGCUGGAUGAGGAAGAGGAAAUCCUGAAAACUAAGAUGGAGCGAUCUAAAAUGGAGUAGAGGGAAAGGCAAGAAGAAAACGAAGCAGCAAUGAAUGAAAUUAUAAUUAUAGAAAUUUCAUCACCAAAAAACGUGGAAGAACAUUUUCUUUGAUUUUUUUUUUUCUUUCUUUUUAUUUUUGCACAAAUUGUGUUAAGCUCAGAAGUGUAAAUAGUGUGUYAGAACCUGGAGACGAUGUAUAGCAGAACAUUUCUAUCUGUUUCACCUCGGUGUCUUCACUGUCGGCUAAGCUCAAGCACAUAAUUUCCAUGUUAAAUAAGAUUCUGAAACCUAUUCCCRUGGUAUUUGAUUUAGUACCGUGUGAAUCAUAUGACUGAUGAUAAAAUCUUGUGGAAUUAGUUCCAUCCAACCACUUCUUACUAAAGGAGUUCGGCCGACUAGACCAUGCUGAAGUAUGAAAAUGUCAUAUAGUGCUGAAAACAGGAGGAUAUUGUUGUUGAAGUCAAUUCUAACACUUAAAACAGAAAAUGCUGACUCUUAUUUGAAAUCGUUUUCAGAAUGUAUUUCUUAAUUGAUCACAUGAAAGUGGGGAAAAUAUUAGAUUGGUAUAUAAAAGAAAAUGGUGCGUAACUUAAAAAAAAWUAUUUUUUUGUACGUGGAAAAAUAUAGCAUGUGGUUGUUUUCAACCCCACUGAGUCGGUGCUGUGUGACUGAAGCUGCAGGUCUUUUCUGGUGCGUCUCUUCCAGUUAAAUAACAAAACUACCGCUCCKUCAGGUGGGUUGGACAGCCCAAACGUUCAAGUCUUCUACAGAUUCUCAUCUGAAGUUGGGUCUAGACUUUGAUUGAGCCAUUCCAAGACAUUCAUCAAUUUAAACCCGUGGUGUUCAGACUUUAUGUCCUGAGGGCCAAAACUGGCAAACAUAAGCUACAGGUGAGCCACAAAAUCGCAUUAAAUUAAAAGUGAUUUCCUUUGCUGUUGUUUUUAGUUUUACUUGCUCAACAGUAA